AUGAGCUAUUACUCGACUCCCAUGAAAACGAAGAAUGUGUCGAUCCCAGAUCAUGUUUCAGUUGGAGCUGUUAUUGGUAAAGGAGGUAGCUACUGCAAAGCACUUCGUGAGAAACAUGGCGUACGAUGCUUUGUAGAUGGCAACGACCGAAAGGUGGCACUGAAGGGACCAAGAAGUUGCAUCCAAAGUGCGGAAGAUGAACUCAUCAGGUUAUUUGCCUCUCUCGAGACCACCGAGGCUAGUGAACAACGAGUCUUUGACAUCGUAGCGCGUGGCGGGCCAUCCCAUUUGUGGACAUUUCGAAAGGACGAUGAGACUUCUAGCAAUUUUAGAAUUGAAGAGUAUCCGUAUCGCCUUCAGCAGUCUGGACGAGCAGUGGAGACUGCCAAUCAGGAUGACGCUUGGAUCAAGGAGUUUCAUGAAGACGAUACAGCUAAUGUGAUGAGUUAUCUUUUAGAGACUCCGUCGAAAUUGCCGCCCAAGAUUAAACUAUCGUUUGGGAAACUAUGUUUUAAGCUCAAGUCCAUACGCUAUGAGAAUGCAACUAUCUCGUGGCCGGAGCUGCAGAAACUCCGCAAUUACCAUGACUUCUUGACGCGCUGGUCCAAUUUUUGCAAACGGACGUCGCCUUCCAUCGCAGCUUUGAUGGACGACCUGGAGGAGUGGAUGGAGAAGGGGGUGGAGGUGCAAAAAUUGCUGUCCGUGCAUGUUGCUGAUUCUGAAGGCAAAGUGUUUAACAUGAAGUACCAUCUCGUUGAAGGUCAGUGGGAGCUGUAUAAGGCAUACAACAAACGCCACGUACGCGGCAGCUACGACGUCGUUUUCGAUAAAGACAUCUCGUUCCGCUUGCGCGCUGUUACCCGCGAGAAGAUUUCGAAAAAUGCCUCGGCUGAUAUCGAACGCCACCUUGACAUCUCGAUUCCAGACAAUGGUGACUACUUUUGUACCAAAGUCUCUUUGAACAGUACAGCUCCAGUAGGGAUGCAGAUCAACUCGUUCGAAACGAAGUCGAAAGCUUAUGUGGAGGCAAACGGUCUUCACUUUGCUAUUUGCUACAUGGACCAACGUCAAGAGGAGUUCCGUCUCGAGUGUCGUUUAUCGAACGCAGAGAAGGAAAAGCUGGACGUUAAGGAUAACGAAGCUCAAGUGGUGCUGAAGAAAGUGUUGCAGAUGCUGUAG